AUGCCACCCAAGCGCAAGGCUGCCAGCAAGUCCGGGCCUAUGGCCAAGCGCGACAAGGUCCAGCUCGAGAACCAGGCGAAGGAAAUUACUGGCCAGAUCACCGACGAGGACGGGGAGGAAGUGGAGGAGGAAGUGGAGAACGAGACGGAUUCCGAGUACAAUCUCAAGCCCGAGAUGGAUUAUGACGAGGAUGAGUUCAAUCCCGACCUCAAGCCCGAUGUUGACUCGGACUACAACCAUAAGCCCAAGCGCGCGCGCAAGUCCCAGUCCCAUUCCAAGACCAAGACCAACUCUACCCGCAAGCCUCGCACCGGUAUGGUCGGCAGGAAGUGGACCGGCGCCGAGCUCGAAGCGCUCUUCACCGCCGCGCUCGCUGGUCCUACUCCCCUCGCGCGCUUCAAGACCGCCCCGGCCAUCAUCAAGUUCCUGCACGAGCGUAGCGAGUAG